AUGGUCUUCCGCCCCCGACAAGCCACGUCAGGCACUAUCCUCUGCCUGGCGUCCGCCAUCCUCCUCGCGCUGGUCUCGUUCAAUACGCCCCUCCUGAAGUCGAUGUACUUCCUCGAGGCGAACUACUCUACCGGGCAGUAUGCUGGUAGAAUACGGCUCGGGACGCUGGGAUAUUGUCUUUUGCUGGAGGGGACGGAGACGUGCGUAGGACCUACCGUAGGGUAUAACUUCAACCCCAACACCCUCUUUGGAAUAACCAACUUCAAUAUCCCCGAAGCCAUCACGCGAUAUCUCACCUACACGCUCAUCCUCCAUAUCGUCGCCCUCGGCGCUGCCGUCGCCGCCGUCAUCCUGGGGCUCUUCGACCACAUCUCGACCCUCUCCCUUCUCUGCUUCCCUACCUGCUCCGCCUGGCUCACAUCCACCUGCGCGCUCCUCGCGCUCAUAUUCGACCUCGUCAUCUUCUACAUUGCCAAGACGCGCAUCGACGCCGUAUCCGGCGCAUCCGCAUCCAUCGGCAUAUCCGUCUGGCUCACGCUCGCCGCGUGGCUGUGCGCGGGCCUGUCGGGCUGCGCCUUCCCGCUCGGCAAGAAAUGGGGGAGCAAGAAGCGGGAGAGCGGGGAUCCGCAUCGCGAUAAUGGGUAUGGGAAGGACUAUGGAGCAGAGACGCUCCGAUUGCGCGCGUUGCAGGAUGAGCAGGCGAGGAAGAAGGAGCAGGGGCUGCCGAGCUUUGCAGAGGUGGAACGGCAGCCCUUGACGGCGAACGAGGAUAAGUAUUACUACGAGGAGCCACAGCAGCAGCAGAUGCCAGGUGGGUUGAGGAGGGACGGGAGUGUCCUCAAUGGUGUCGGAGUGGGGUAUGGGCGGAGGACGCCAAGGAGUAAUGAGGGGCAUGGAGGGCAGUACCUUGCGGCUGGUGCAGCUGGGGCUGGGGCGGCAGGAAUGUACGCUCGGAGUGGAACGCCUGGGUCGUUGCGCCCGCCAGCGAGCGAGAUGAGCUAUCCUGGGAAUGCGGGGGUCGGCGCGGGUGGAGCUGGCGUGGAGAGGAAUCAGCCCCAAGGUCAUGGAGGGUAUGACGGGGGAUACUACGAUCAGCAGGGACACGAUCAAUAUUACCAAAAUGGCCAACAGCCCUAUGCGGAUCCAUACAACCCCAUCGAUGCGUACGGGAACCGCGGUAUUCCCGAAUCGCAGUCCCACGGCCAGAUGUACCCCCCCAGCUCGUCAGACCACGGAUACGAUCCCACCCCUACCCAGAACUACGACUAUUCGCGGCACGCCUCCGACCCCUCUUCGGGCUUCGUCAACCCUUAUCCUGCACCCGUACCCCAGACCUACCCGCCAGCCGCGGCUGCUGUGGCGCCAGGAUCGGGAUUCAGCUCUUACCCCAACCCGCACGAUGAUCAGCGGCCGACAUCCAGCGGCCCGUAUGGCGGCUAUGACGAGGACGAGACUGAUCCUGGAGCCCUAGGGGUUAUUGGGAUGAUGGCGCAGUCGAACGCGGGCAGGCAGGGCGGGGAUUAUACCGGCCAACAAGGGUACUCCAACGCGCAGGUCGUUGCGCCCAGACCGCAACAUCUGGCCGAUCAGCGCGGGACGGCCGAGAUUCUUCGGCAUGCCCAAAGUCCAAUGAGUCCGGAGAGCGAUAUAGGGGCGCAGAGGGGGAUGAUUGUUGGGAGUCACCCGCAGCAGCAGGGGAGGGGGUACGGGUAUGGAGCGGGCGGACAGGGACAGGGCCAGGGGUCGGAUGAGGGGCAUGGAGGAGGGAGUGAGGCGCCGCCACCGAGUUAUGCGCCGCAGCAGGGGUAUGCGCCUCAACCGGAGAAGGCGGGAUAUAGGCCGGGCCGAUAA